AGGAGCAGAUCGUUGCUGCACUGGCCGGCGAGGAGGAGGGAGAAUUGGGGGUCGGGGGACUCUCCGACGAGACUCGCUGGACAAAAUCUAAUAACUCCAAACAAACCCGGAGCUUAAAUUAGGCGCGUGUAAACGGACAGGACUUCAUGCAUGUGCUGCGUUAAAAGCUUCAUUUUCUCUCGCUACGGGCCCGAAGGCCUGAGGAUUUGAGUGAUUAUUGGAUCCAGAGUUUCAGCCAACACAGAGAUCUGCCCAAUACAUGACGGAUAAAUGCUUGGAAGUCUGUUCUUCAGGGGCUAUUUCAUGUGUUCCCGAUUUGAACCGCCAAACCGGCUUAAUUUAGGACACAUUCGGACAUUCAAAUCAGAAUUAAAGGGAUGGUUUAUCUCAGUUAGCACGGCGGCUAAUAACUCGCUUAUUCACAAUGAAUCAAUAUUAGCCGUUAGCAGUUAGCAUGUGCGGCUAAUUUAAAAGAAUAAAUCCGUAUUAAAUGAUCUCAGACGGAUAUUAUCUAGUGAUAUGGUGUCAGUCACGUGUCGUAUAUCCUGUUGUAUUGAUUGCUUGGAUGCUAAAGCCUUAGGUCUUCUGUUGCACUGUGUCUAAAUGCAUGGAGUCCCGUUAUAUGACUGGCACAGAUAGUAAAAUACCUCUUGAGUCUGGAACAGCAAGACAGCACAGCAGUAAAUGCUGACUCUCUGUGUUUAUUUCAGCCCUUCAUGCACCUUCAUUUAGCUUGAGUUUAUUCAUUGGAUCCACUGAUUCACAUUUGAUGACAGAAGCAGCUUAGACUAACCACCUGAGCAGGUAGAGCACAUACUUGUGUGUAUCAUCAUGGGAAAUACAGCAUCCUGCUGCGUGUCUCCCAGUGGGAGCCCCAAACUACCCCGUCAGGUGGAGCGUCUGGAGGACUAUCAGAUCAACACAGACCUGAGCGAUGACACCGGUCCAUACUUGCAGCACAUCAGUGACCGAGAGGUUCCCGAUGAUUUGGCUUUAGAGUCCAACCCAUCAGAUCAUGCCCGUGCCAGCACGAUCUUCCUCAGCAAGUCACAGACAGAUGUACGGGACAGGAGGAAAAGCAAUCACAUAAACCACGUCUCACCUGGUCUGCCUUCGAAGAAGUACAGCUCCUGCUCUACGAUAUUCAUUGAUGAUAGUACCGUCAGUCAGCCCAACCUGAAAAGCACAAUCAAAUGUGUCACAUUAGCAAUAUAUUAUCACAUUAAAAAAAGGGACUCCGAUAGGUCAUUGGACAUCUUUGAUGAAAAAAUGCACCCCUUAUCUAGGGAGCAGGUUCCUGAUGAUUACUCCCGCACAGACCCCGAACACAAACUCAUCUAUCGAUUCGUCCGGACACUGUUCAGCGCUGCACAGCUCACAGCCGAGUGUGCGAUCGUCACUCUGGUAUAUCUGGAGAGGCUGUUGACGUAUGCCGAGCUGGAUAUUUGCCCAUCUAACUGGAAGAGGAUUGUUCUGGGAGCCAUCCUUCUGGCCUCGAAAGUCUGGGACGAUCAGGCCGUGUGGAACGUCGACUACUGUCAGAUUCUCAAAGACAUCACUGUUGAGGACAUGAAUGAGAUGGAAAGACACUUUCUGGAGCUGCUGCAGUUUAACAUUAAUGUGCCGGCCAGCGUCUACGCCAAGUAUUACUUUGACUUGCGCUCUUUAGCAGACGACAACAACCUGAGUUUUCCUUUGGAGCCAUUGAGCAACGAACGAGCGCAGAAAUUAGAGGCUAUCUCAAGACUAUGCGAGGAUAAGUACAAGGAUCUGAGCAGAGUGGCCAUGCGGAGAUCAUUCAGCGCAGACAACCUAGUGGGCAUCCGCAGAUCCAAUGCCGUUCUUUCUUAGAGAUUUUUCUCGGAACCGUGGCCACUCCCAGAUGAAGCUCAAUAGACACAACUCAUUCUUUUCCUCCGCAUUUGGCGACGUUAUGCCGGUUGAAAGAUCCUACACCUUACCCAACCGAUGCAGAACAACAUAGAGACAAAAACAGAUGGAAUGGUUUCUUUUGUUUGUUUUUUUGCUUACUAUGUAGGCUACUAGCUGUGAACUGUCAGUUUUUAAUUGAAAUCAUUUGCAGAUGGAGUAUUUUAAAUAAACACUAAUCAUGUAACACGUCUGAAUUUAUGUUGGAAGAAUGUUUUACAAGGUCAGCUGUCAAAAUGGUGGUUUGUGUUUUUGUUGCAUUACACUGAAAAAUGAAUCCAGGGAUUUUAACACUUACAGCUCUUUCUUUCACAAUAAGGGCUCAUUAACUUUGUUAGAACCAUAUUUGUUUUAAACAAUGUAAAAGAAAAUAUGAAUAAAGUGCAGGUUUUUAGUGCCUGUUACAAAAUCUGAAAUUGAAAUUUAUAGCAUUUCUACUAACAAAACAAACAUUUUUGGAUUUGUUUUUUAGAUCAGUGGGGUGAACAGUUUUUUUUUCCUCUCUAAAACAGCAGUAAAAAUAAAAGCACAUCAAAUGAUGGACCAAAUGUUUGACUUGCCAGUUCACAAAUUGCUCCUCACUUUUAUUCUCUACCAGUAAGAGAAACAAAAGAAACAUGUAAAAGACACUUUUCAUAAAUAUCUAAGAAUCUCUUUAAAAUUGUAGCACUGUAUUUCAUAUCUUUUACAAAACAUAUGUACAGAGUUGCAGUCUGGACUCUUAAAAGGACAUGUCUUCUACAAGAUUUACAUAUGAAUAGAGCCAAACAAGUAUGUACACACAACCAGACAUGCAGCAAGAUCGUGAGGCAUUUUAAAAGACUACACAGGAAAAGUUAUUUCUACAACAUCUUGGACAGAUAAAAGUAGCCAAACAAUGCUUACACUUACAACUUAAUGCUCCACUGAAAGAUUUCACACAGAUCUACAAAAACAAUGUUUACAGAUUCUGUCUGCUAAAAGUGCAUACCCAACACUGGUUUUCUGAUUCAAAACACAAAUAAGGUCAAAUGACAA